CCCUGGGUUUCCGUUGGUUCGGCCGCCUCCCGCUCCGGCCGCCGCCGCCAAGCUCCCCCCGGCGCCGCUUCCUCCAUCCUGGUAUUUUCCGAGCCUCCAUCCUGGUUCUUCCCAAGUGCCCGGACCCAAAACAGGAACUGGGGAAUUCUGCUCCCCUGUCAGCGUGUGGCCUGGGUGGAACCAUGGAGGAGGCGUGGUCCAGAUAAACAUGAAGGUGAUGCUGGCGGCUAACGGAAAGGAACUCGAGUCUCUGUCGAGGACGAUAGCUGCUCCAUCUGUUGACUAGAUUUGAGUAUGAGCACAGUUGAAGAGGAGUCUGACACAGUGACAGUAGAAACUGUGAACUCAGUGACUUUGACCCAGGACACAGAAGGGAACCUCAUUCUUCAUUGCCCUCAGAAUGAAGCCGAUGAAGUAGACUCGGAAGAUAGCACCGAACCGCCACACAAGAGACUGUGUCUGUCCUCCGAGGAUGACCAGAGUCUUGAUGAAUCCACCCCCUGCAUUUCUGUUGUUGCACUUCCACUUUCAGAAAAUGAUCAGAGCUUUGAGGUGACUAUGACUGCUACCACGGAGGUAGCUGACGACGACAUUACUGAGGGAACCGUGACUCAGAUCCAGAUUCUUCAGAAUGAGCAGCUGGAUGAAAUUUCUCCCCUAGGCAAUGAGGAGGUUUCAGCCGUUAGUCAAGCUUGGUUUACUACGAAAGAGGACAAGGAUUCUCUAACAAACAAAGGGCAUAAAUGGAAACAAGGAAUGUGGUCGAAGGAAGAGAUCGACAUUUUAAUGAGUAAUAUUGAACGCUAUUUAAAGGCACGCGGAAUAAAAGAUGCCACAGAAAUCAUCUUUGAGAUGUCAAAAGACGAAAGGAAAGAUUUCUACAGGACUAUAGCAUGGGGUCUGAACCGGCCUUUGUUUGCAGUGUAUAGAAGAGUGCUUCGCAUGUACGAUGACAGAAACCAUGUGGGAAAGUAUACUCCUGAAGAAAUUGAAAAGCUCAAGGAGCUCCGGAUAAAGCACGGCAACGACUGGGCGACCAUAGGUGCUGUGCUGGGGAGAAGCGCGUCUUCAGUUAAAGAUCGAUGUCGGCUCAUGAAGGACACCUGCAACACAGGGAAAUGGACAGAAGAGGAGGAGAAAAGACUGGCGGAGGUGGUUCAUGAGCUCACAAGCACCGAGCCAGGCGACAUCGUCACCCAGGGCGUGUCGUGGGCGGCCGUGGCUGAGCGGGUGGGCACCCGCUCGGAAAAGCAGUGCCGCUCCAAGUGGCUCAACUACCUGAACUGGAAGCAGAGUGGGGGCACAGAGUGGACCAAGGAAGACGAAAUCAACCUCAUCCUGAGAAUAGCAGAGCUUGAAGUGGCCGAUGAAAAUGACAUAAACUGGGAUCUCCUAGCCGAGGGAUGGAGCAGCGUCCGCUCUCCGCAGUGGCUCCGAAGUAAAUGGUGGACCAUCAAGAGGCAGAUAGCAAACCACAAGGACGUUUCAUUCCCUGUUUUAAUCAAAGGUCUUAAGCAGUUGCACGAGAACCAAAAGAACAACCCAGCACUUUUGGAGUCUAAGUCGGGAGCCGGGGCAGCGAACACGAACUCCAGUUCUGGCGUUCAGCAUGUUCAGAUUCGGGUGGCCCGCUUGGAGGAGAGCCCGGGGAUCCCUCCGAGCCCCAUGGCAGCCCUGCAGAUUCCGGUCCAGAUCACCCACGUGUCUUCAACAGAACCCCCUCCUGCCACCAUUGACUCGGAGACGAUUACCCUGAAUAGCGGAACACUACAGACAUUUGAGAUUCUUCCGUCUUUCCACCUCCAGCCCACCGGAACGCCAGGCACUUACUUACUCCAGACCAGCUCGAGCCAAGGUCUUCCCUUAACGCUGACGGCCAGCCCCACGGUGACCCUCGCAGCCGCCGCGGCUCCCGCCUCCCCGGAGCAGAUCAUUGUGCACGCCCUGUCUCCCGAACACCUGCUGAACCCAAGCGAUAACGUCACGGUGCAGUGCCACCCGCCCAGUGUCAUCAUCCGGACCGUAGCAGCUGAGGACCUCACACCUUCCCUGUCCCAGGAGGAGCUGGCGGCGGUGGACGCGGACAUUCAGCCAGACGAGUUGGCCGCCCCCCCAGAGGCCCUAGAAGCAGACCCUUUCCCGGGGGAGCUGCACCAGGCCAAGCUGACGGGUGGGGAGCCGUCCUUUACCGACGCUGACACCCCCAAGUUCAGUGACCAGCGCAGCAGCGAACUGAUGGGUGGGGUGGUGGUCCGAGCGGAGGAGGAGAUCUCCGUUCCAGACCGCAAACAGGAAGAGGACCCUUCGUCUGCUUUACCCGGUGCUUACGUUACUGAGGACUUGGGGUCGCCUACCAUCGAGGAACAAGUUGACCAGUCAGCCAUAGACGACGAGACUAUACUCAUUGUUCCUUCACCACAGGACUUUAUCCAGGCACCAGAUGACAUAGACAACGAGUCCGUCUUACCUCUGACGACCUUAACAGAUCCCAUCCUUCAGCACCACGGCGAAGAAUCCAACACGAUCGGGUCAUCCUUGGACAGCCCCGCUUCCGAAGACUCCAAGGACGGGGAAGACCUGGUCGGGUGUCAUCAAGUCCUUUCUCAGUAACUGUGCGGUCUGGGCCCGGAAGCGCUGGGUGAAGCCCGCCCGAGGAUCCCCGGCUCCGUCACUGAGGGAGUGACCCCGGGGGCUCACCUUUCACCCUCCUAGCUUUCCGUCGGCUCCAGGGCCUCGGAGCCACUCCCACGGCCGGCUGCCACCGACACUUUCCGUUGCCCCAUUCGGGCAAGCAGCGACCCUGCCGGGAGGCCGGGCAGCAGCUUUCUUAGCAGGGCGGCCGGGGCCCAGGGAGGAAGCCAGGCACAGAGGAGCAGCAGGGAAGGCGCCGGACCCGCGGGGGAGGCCACGCCGACCCCUGCCUCCGGAGGAACGGCCUGAGACGAUUCCGCGCGAUUCUGAAACUGGGCCCAGCCCCGGGGGGCACUGGCCGUGCGGGGGGCGGGAGGGCUCGGGAGGGGCAGCUUCCAGGAAUAGGCAAGGAGCCGAAUCCUUUCCGGCGGUCUGGCUCAGGCUUGUCCAUUGCUGGCGAUGGGAGUCGGGGUACGGGCUUAAAAAGUGUUAAAACGUGCAGCGGCCCUCACUACAGAUUGUUUUAAAAGGGAAAGAUUGUACAGGAGGAGCAACCGUCCCCUAGGCUCAGACCCCUCCCUCCGGCUCCCCUGAUGGCACGGGCCACUUUCACACUCCACUUUUUAACGAGGCACAGGGCACAGUGGGAUCGGCGCCCAAGGCCGCGGGGCCCUUCAGCCUCUGAGUUCGCAGCCCGGGCUGCCUCUGUGAGGCCGGACGAGCCCCAGGAGCCCCGGCCCCAGUCAGUCCACUCCCUGCCAAACUUGUAGCUGAGAUCAAUGAGGCGGGAGGGGCUCCUGGGAGUAGGAAUCCCCUAGCAGUCACUACCCCCCGCCCCCCUGUAUAAAUUAUUUUAUUUAUUACUGUAAUUAGGUCUUCACGAUCAGAGUUUGUCUUCACUGUCUAACGUGGGGGUUUUUGGUUUUUUUGGUUAAUGUGAAAUUAAACUAGUUACAAGCGAUGGAUGGUUGCCUAGGGAACAAAUAAUUGUAUAUUCAGUUUAACACAAAUAAAGGGUAUUUGUCUUA